GUAUUGCGUUUUAUAAUACUCUGUUUCGGUUGAGGUGUAUUGCGGUCUAGAGGGAGGGAGGGAGGGAGGGAGAGAGAGAGAGAGAUGGACGCUUAUGCUAUGCAUCUGGCCAUGGCGGCACUGGUGGGAGCGUCGGUGGUGGCGGUAUCGGCGUACUAUAUGCACCGGAAAACCCUAAAUCAGCUAUUGGAGUUCGCCAAGACCAUGGAAAGGGACAGGGAUGACGCGGAGGAGGACGGAGCCGACUCGCCGCAGCUCCUGAAGAAGUACGGUUCGUUGGAGAGGCGGCGGAGUUAUGCCAGGCGGAAAGGAAAUGGCUAUUACCGCCGCGCAUCCGCUUCCUUGCCCGACGUCACCGUGAUUUCUGGUUCGGGCGGCGUCGAAGUGGAUGAUAGGAGGAACGGUCCGCUUCAUGUGGAUUCUAUACCGCUUGGCUUGCCCAGGCUUCACACUCUUCCUGAAGGGAAAUCUGGUCAUGUGGGUUCGACUAAAAGAGCUGGACAUCCACUGCGGCCUACUUCUCCCAAGUCUCCGGUUGCUAGUGCGAGUGCAUUUGAAAGCAUGGAAGGAUCUGACGAGGAAGAUAAUAUGACUGAGAACACCAAACUUGAUACUAGCUAUCUUCAUACCAAUGGAAAUGUGGGACCAGAGCGUGAAGGGAUGUACAAGAAUUUGCCUGACCAUGUCAAUGUGGAACAAGUACCUUUACCUGCACCGAGUAUGAUUCGCUCUCAUAGUGUAUCUGGUGACCUACAUGGUGUUCAACCUGAUCCCAUAGCUGCAGACAUACUGAGGAAAGAGCCAGAGCAAGAAACUUUUGUGCGGUUGAAAAUUUCCCCAAUGGAGACACCAUCUCCUGAUGAAAUUGAUGUAUACCGGAAUCUUCAAGUUUGCCUUGAAAUGAGACAUAGUUAUGUAUUUAGGGAGGCUGUCCUUCCUUGGGAGAAGGAAAUAAUAUCUGAUCCCAGUACACCAAAGCCUAACCUAAAUCCAUUUGACUACAUGUCAGAGGGGAAAUCUGAUCAUCAUUUCAAGAUGGAAGAAGGAGUUAUCCAUGUUUAUGCAAAUAAAGAUUCAAACGAGAAACUUUUUCCUGUUGCCGAUGCAACUACUUUCUUCACUGACCUGCAUCAUAUCCUUAAAGUCAUAGCAGCUGGGAACAUCCGAACUCUAUGCCACCAUCGACUAGUGCUUCUAGAACAAAAAUUCAACCUUCACUUAAUGCUUAAUGCGGAUAGAGAAUUCCUAGCUCAAAAAAGUGCACCACAUCGUGACUUCUAUAAUGUCAGAAAGGUCGAUACCCAUGUUCAUCAUUCAGCAUGCAUGAACCAGAAACAUCUGUUGAGAUUUAUAAAGUCAAAGCUAAGGAAAGAGCCUGAUGAGGUUGUUAUAUUUCGUGAUGGGACAUAUAUGACCUUAAAGGAGGUCUUUGAGAGCUUGGAUUUGACUGGGUAUGACCUGAAUGUUGACCUAUUAGAUGUCCAUGCUGACAAGAGCACCUUCCACCGUUUUGACAAAUUCAAUUUGAAGUACAACCCUUGUGGUCAAAGUAGGCUCAGGGAAAUUUUUCUGAAGCAGGAUAAUCUUAUCCAGGGCCGCUUUCUUGGUGAGUUGACAAAGCAAGUAUUUUCAGAUCUUUCAGCAAGUAAAUAUCAGAUGGCUGAAUACAGAAUAUCAAUUUAUGGUAGAAAGAUGAGUGAGUGGGACCAACUGGCAAGUUGGAUUGUGAACAAUGAGCUGUACAGUGAGAAUGUUGUUUGGUUGAUACAGCUUCCUAGACUCUACAAUGUGUACAAGGAAAUGGGUAUCGUGACAUCGUUUCAGAACAUUCUUGACAAUAUCUUUCUUCCUUUAUUUGAAGUUACUGUUGAUCCAGAUUCACAUCCUCAGCUACAUGUUUUCUUGAAGCAGGUAGUUGGAUUAGAUUUGGUGGAUGAUGAAAGCAAGCCAGAAAGAAGGCCAACAAAACACAUGCCCACACCAGAUCAGUGGACUAACGCAUUCAAUCCUGCAUAUUCGUACUAUGUCUACUAUUGUUAUGCUAACCUCUACACCCUUAAUAAGCUUCGUGAAUCGAAGGGCAUGACAGUUAUCAAAUUCCGCCCACAUUCUGGAGAGGCAGGAGACAUUGAUCACCUUGCUGCAACGUUUCUUACAGCUCAUAACAUUGCUCAUGGAAUCAAUUUGAGAAAAUCUCCUGUACUUCAGUACUUGUACUAUCUAGCCCAGAUUGGAUUGGCAAUGUCUCCUCUAAGUAAUAAUUCCCUAUUCUUGGACUAUCACCGGAACCCUUUUCCCUUGUUCUUUCUGCGGGGCCUUAAUGUUUCUCUUUCAACGGAUGAUCCAUUACAAAUCCACCUAACUAAAGAGCCAUUGGUGGAAGAGUAUAGUAUAGCUGCUUCUGUGUGGAAGUUAAGUUCAUGUGAUCUAUGUGAGAUUGCCCGUAAUUCAGUCUACCAAUCUGGUUUCUCUCAUGCUCUGAAGUCUCACUGGAUUGGGAAGGAGUACUUUUGGAGAGGUCCAAAUGGUAAUGAUAUUCAUAGGACAAAUGUGCCUCAUAUCCGGCUGGAGUUCCGAGAAAUGAUCUGGAGGGAGGAGAUGCGACAAGUUUAUCUUGGCAAGGCUGUUUUCCCUGAAUAUAUCGAUCCAUGAUGUGCUUGGUUGAUACAUUUGGCAGGCAGGCUUGUAUCUAGCUGUAUUCAAAGGGUAGCGGCCAGUAGUUCACCAAGGGGGACUACUGACAUCUGUGACCCGAUAAAGAUAAAUAUAUAUGAUAUGAUGCUCUUGGUGCAUUGUAGAACCCAAUAACUGCAAAUGAAAUUUGACAUCGGUUCUGUUGAAGAUGUUGGUUUGCUGGACAAAGAAGCACCUGAGUUAUAUGACACAGUGGAAUAGCAUAUAAUCAUAGUGCCAUAUUGGUCUAGUUUGAGAAUGAGAGUUUAGAUGCCAAUUCAAAAUGAAUUCCCGGAUCAACUAGUACUAUUGUAAUAUAUUAACACAUUGCAAAUUGCAAUUGCAAUUAAAUAAGGCUUCCCUUUGCUUCUAA